AUGAGGGACACGCUCCGACCGUCGAACCCAGAAGGGAGCAAAUCUAAGAGGUCGCGGAUCCCUCCGAUCCUCACUCCAGAACAACGAGAGGCGGCUAGGAUUUCUGCUCGAGACGCUGGCAUCGCUGCUUCCCAAGCUCGCGCUCUGGGAUCCAUAGAUGGUCGUGCAGCUGCGACUCAAACCAUCGGAUUCAACAGGCCGGCAGGAAGCGCUCCCGGAACCCCUCGAACCCCCAGGACUCCGAUUCAAGAACGGAGGAGGACCGGGGUCAAUGCGCAUCUGGGGGACAAUCGAAGUCGCUACAGCAGUCGCCACGAGCCUAGUCGACACGAGCUCGAGGAUUCGCGCCCCAGUUGGAAUAGCAGUCACCAUGAGCCCAGUCGACACGACUGCGCGGAUUCGCGCUCCAGUCAGAAUAGCAGUCGCCAUGAGCUUAGUCGACACAACAGGAUGGAUUCGCGCCGGCGCCCCAACCCAUUCGCGAAUAGCUCAGCGGCUGUUCGAGGAUUUCUCUCGCGUACCGCGUCCGGUAGUUCCAAUCACUCCGCCCGCUCCGCUGCAUCGGGAGUUAUCAACUCCACCAAGGGUGCAAUCGGCAAGGCGAAGGACUGGAAAGAGAGGCGCAAGGCUAUGGAAGAGGAGAGGCGCCGCGCGAAGCUGAAGGCGAAGAUUGGAAAGCCGACCCCGGUUGAGAAUGUAAAUGACCCAUCUAACUACGUUGUUUACAACCCACCUUACAAGCACCAGGACAAGCCUAUCUCCUAUCCGCUUCCUCCCAUCCAGACAAAUGAGGACAACCCCGUCCACAAGCCUUUGGUAAUUGGAGACAACAGCCGUAUGACAACCAUCGAAGACUUCAUGUUCCUGCCCAGCAUCACAUACGCCCCUCCUCGCACCCCCCAGGUCGAGGAUUCCAUGCCAGUCGCGUUUCCGGAUACAUAUCUUCCCAGUGCUUCCGAAUUUGCGGCCGAGCGGGAACGCCUGGUGGCUCUGCAAAGGGUCCAAGAUUAUCAACAGCUAGCCGAUUCUAGCUGCCACGCGGAGGAGCCUGUUUCACCUUUUACGACUGAGCCAUACGGCCCAUGUGGUUAUACCAGUGGGUACGGAGGCUACCCCGGAGAGGAGGAACAGAACGAGCCUUACGAGCCUCCACGAUCCAAGUGGAUUUGA